CUUAAUGUACUAAUAGUAAUUUCCAACUGUAAUGGGUUAUCCGCUGGUAGGGGAGAUUCUCUUUCCAUGGGCGCCUCGCUUAAUGGAAAUCAGACAAUAAUUUCAAAGAAUGGGACGUUUGAAUUGGGAUUUUUCAGCCCAGAUGGAAGCAAUAACUGGUAUAUGGGCAUCUGGUAUGCCAAUAUGCAGGAGAAGAUCAUCGUGUGGGUGGCGAAUAGGGAGAGUCCCUCGAAAAACAGUGCUGGCCUUUUAAAGUUGUCAAAAGAAGGUAAUCUGGAACUGUUUGAUGCACAGGGCACGACUCUUUGGUCGGUCAAUAUAUCGAGAAAGCCCUCGCGGGUUGUGCUAUUAGAUUCCGGUAAUUUUUUAAUGUUGAGCGAUGACAAUAAAUCUGAGACUGUUUGGCAGAGUUUCGACUAUCCUGUAGAUACCUUGUUGCCCGGGAUGAGGAUCGGUGGACAGCAAAGGCUAACCUGUUGGAAAAGCUCAUUGGAUUCCGCUCCUGGGCUUUUCUCGAAUCACUUGGAUCCGUCUGGAGCUAAACAAUUCGUGCUAACUUGGAACAAUUCUGUCCAGUAUUGGGAGAGUGGACAUUGGGAUGGCCAAACAUUCAGUGGAAUUCCAAAAAUGACGAAGGGAGACGACUACAAUAUCAGCUUUGAAAGUACUAGUUCUGGUUUGUAUUUCAGUUAUAAUUUUCCGAAAGGGAUCACACGUUUUCUCCAGAUUAAGUCCGGAAGAUUACAAGAAUAUACCUUGUUUGAAGGCGCUAAAUGGACCAUCUUUGCGACUCGCCCUGGAGAUCAGUGCGCCGUAUAUGGUCUUUGUGGCGCUUACGGAAGCUGCAAUUCCAACAAUCUUCAGUUCUGCACCUGCGUGGAAGGCUUCACACCGGCAGACAAUCGCGCUUGGGACUCGCAGGAGUGGUGGUCUAGUGGUUGUGUUCGGCAGAGCCCGUUAAACUGCGGCACUGACGAAUUCAUCGACCUCAGUGUAACGUCAUACCCUGAUUCAGAUUGGUCACACCCUGCACCCACAAAGGAAGAUUGCCAGCAAGCCUGCCUGCGCAACUGCUCGUGCUCUGCGUUUGCUUUCAAUUAUCCUUCAGGGCCAUGUCAAAUCUGGUCCGGAGAUUUGCUAAACAUCCAGAACUCUCCAUCAAAUAGCAGAUGGACUCUCUCCAUUCGAGUAGCUGCCUCUGCACAUCAUAAAGGGCUCUCCUUCAAAUUCAAAGCCACAAGCAUUGUGAGUUCUCUCGCCGUUGUUUUGAGUAUCUUUUCAUUUGUAAUGUGGAAAAGGUAUCGGCUACAACCGACGUUUGCGGAUUCCUCGGACUCUUUUCUUAGAACGUUUACUUACAUGGAAUUGAAGACUGCAACAAAGAAUUUCAGGUCCAAGUUGGGGGGUGGAGGAUUCGGCUCAGUGUUCAAAGGGUCUCUAACAGACGGUACGCUUGUGGCCGUAAAGAAAUUGGAAGGUUCAAGACAACACGAUAAACAAUUUCUAGCAGAAAUCAGUUCUCUUGGCAACAUACAACAUGCAAACUUGAUCAGGCUUCGAGGGUUUUGUGCAGAAGGAUCUAAAAGGUUACUGGUUUAUGAUUACAUGCCCAAUGGCUCUCUUAAUUCCUUACUGUUCACUAGUAAUUCCAAAAGUAAAGGGAAGGUACUCGACUGGAAGACCCGAUUCCAGAUCGCUUUAGGCACUGCACGAGGUUUAGUUUAUCUCCACGAGGAGUGCAGAGAUCGCAUCAUUCAUGGCGAUAUAAAGCCCGAGAACAUUCUUCUGGAUGAUAAGUUUUCACCCAGGUUAGCAGAUUUUGGGAUGUCAAAGCUUGUGUGUAGAGAUUUCAGCCACGUACUGACCACAACGAGAGGAACUAGAGGGUAUCUGGCUCCAGAGUGGAUCUCCGGUCUUCCCAUCACUCCCAAGGUUGAUGUUUACAGUUUUGGUAUUACGCUCUUGGAAAUCAUUUCUGGCCGAAGAAGUUUAGAUUUUAACGUGAAAGAUUCAAGUCAGUAUUACUUUCCCCCAUGGGCUGCAACUCAGAUUUGCCAGGGCAAGAUGAUUAAUAUUGUGGACGAAGGUGUUGCAGUGGAGGCAGAUAUCGAAGAGGUAAGCAGAGCAAGCGUUGUAGGAUUGCUAUGCAUAGAAAGGGAUGAGGAGGUGAGGCCAAGCAUGGGACAAGUGGUGCGUAUGCUCGAAGGGAAAGUGGAGGCCCAAACUCCGAAGCUGCUGAGCUCUGCAAUCAUGGACAAACAAGCAGACCGAAGCGACACAAGCUAAGCAUAGCUGGAGCCUCAAACUGCGCAGAUGGUGAGCUCUACAGUUAAGGACGAACAGUGAUAACGAUAGCAAUGAUUUUGUUCUUAGAGUAAUGUAAAUGGGGAUGCAUUUAAAAAGAAGAGCUUGCACACAAGCUAUUCUUUAAUGUUAGAGCAUAUAAGAUUAAGAAAUGUAAUGAAUGUUUAGAUUUAAUGAGAAAUCAUUAGGGGCAUAUAUUUAUGUGAAAGGUUGAUAUUUAGAAAUGUAAUAUGA